AUUCACAUUCAGCUAUUCUCGUGCGGCCCUAAUUUAAAAAAUACAGAAUAGAAGAAGAAGGAGUUACGACCCUAUCCCCUAAUUUCAGUUCACAGCCGCUCUCACCGCGCCUCCAGUCGCCGGCAGCCAUCGUCGCGUCUCCGCCCGACGCCGGCAGAUUUUCCUCGCUGCGCCUCCUCCCCACCUCGACGCGCAUCCAGUCGUGUCGCCGCUAGUCAGCAGAAGUUGCAAACUCACAGAAAAGCAUGUCUGGCUCUGAGAAUAAGGCCGUAGGGCUUUCAUGGCAACCUAAAUUUGAUUUAUUUUCAUCAACCAAAAAGGCAAAAACUCUGGCUGAAGAAGGUGCCCUCUACCAACCUCAAUCUCAGCUCGUCGAUGGCCUUUUCGUUCCUCCCAAUGAUCCCAGAAAGCUGAACAAAUUGGCUAGGAAACAAGUCAAGGACACUGCUGGAAAGAAUUGGUUUGAUAUGCCCGCACAAACUAUAACCCCAGAGCUUAAAAAAGAUCUCCAGCUAUUGAAGUUAAGAAACGUGAUAGAUCCAAAGAGGCACUAUAAGAAGGGAGAUUCUAGAUCUAAAACGCUUCCCAAGUAUUUCCAGGUGGGCACUGUAAUAGAGUCGGCAUCCGAGUUCUUCAGUGGUAGACUUACUAAAAAGGAGAGAAAACAAACUCUUGCUGAUGAGCUGCUUGCUGACAGCACUUUCCACGAAUAUAGGAAACGCAAAGUUCGUGAGAUUGAGGAGAAAAACCGGCCAGCUGGAGUGGACAAGUGGAAGAGGAGUAAGUUUAAGAAGCAUGGAAAGAGCAAUGGAAAGAAAAGCAGGUACUGAUACAGAAUCAGAUCAAGCCAACAAUCGACAUGCCUUGUCAAAUUUUGCAGAUCUUGGGAGGAAGUUUGAUCUCAGAUUGUCAGUUUCUCUUUUGGAAAAUGUAAACAACCAUUUUCGUGGUCGAGAUCUUCAGCUUUUGGAUUAUGAUCUAGGAUUAUGUUAGGCUCACUCCAACAUGUGUUCUGUUUGAUUUUUUCUUCCUCUUUGUGGGUGGAUUUUUCAUAGUAUGUACUACUUGAUAUGUAAUGUACUUGCAGUUUUUCUGAAAAAUUAUAAUCUUUAGGUGAA